AUUCUCAAUCAGGAGAAGAUGAUGUCAUCAUAAUUGAUGAUGGAGAAGAUGAAAUAAUCGAUAAGAAUAAUCGACCAUCAUCAGAUAUGUUUAGGCCUCGUGGUUGGAAGCCGGACCUUUUAUCUAAAAAUUCUAGAACAAGUAGAGGUUCGGGUCGAACGUCAUCCUUAUUGUCACGAAUGUCCAAUAAUAACAGGAUUGAUGAGGACAUUCCCGGUGAUGAAGAGGAUGAGGUAGAAGAUACCGAAGAGGUUGAGGCACGUAGAGCCGAAGCACUCAACAGUCUAACUAGUCCUAAAGUGAAUAGAAAUUCUUCAACAAAAUCGUCUAAAUCACCUCAAAUGUCAAUGAUUUCUCAAGACGUAGUUAUAGAGGAGGAGCCCGAUUCCUAUGAUAGUACUUCAAGUAAUAGAAAAUCAGUAGUACGUAAAAGAAUUACCGAAUAUGAGCAAAAAUCUGUUGACCUUGAGAGGAAUAAUUCAUUAAGUUUGAAUGAUAAUGAGCGAAAAUCUUCCCAAGAAAGUGGAAAUAAGGAAAGAGAGAUUAAAGAUGAUGAU